AUGUCCAAACGCAACCCAGACGCUCCCCCCUCCUACAGCGAGGCCAUCUUCUCGUCCCCAUCGUCGUCGUCGUCUCCUUCCUCGUCCUCCCCAUCUCCAGCAGCAACCGUCUCAGCGCACCUCGCCACCCUAGCCGCCCGCCUCCGCACCCGCCACCCCGCCAUCGACACGCACGAACGAGACCUCACCACCCUCCUCCUCCCCGACGUCGAAGCCCACCUCGCCGCCCUGCACGCGGCGCCCCGUCGCGGCGCCCCACCGCACCGCGCCGGCCAGUUGACCCUCGUGCCCGCCGCCGCCGUCCCGCCGUCGUGGCACCCGAGCGAGAAGGCCGACGCGCCCGACGAGCUCUGGCAGACGGUGCGCGUGCGGGACGGCAAGGGCGUUGUCGGUGAUUCGUCGUCCGACGACGGGGACGCGCCGCCGGCCGUCGCGUCGGCUUCGGCGCGCGAGUUUGACGAGUGGGGGCGAUGGGAGGAUGGCGGCGGCGACGGCGGGGCGGCGGCGGCGGCGAAGAAGGGCUGGUGGUGGUGGAGGGACGAGGCGCUGGCCAUGAGGCUGGCGGCGCUGCUGAGGCCUGAUGGGAGGAGGGGGCCGACGCUGGGGGGCCGCGCGGGGGGCGAGAUGAAGGUCACGGCGGAGGAGGUCUCGUUUCGGAGGGAGAACGAAUUGGGCAUCUGGGAGAGCAUGAACGGGUGGGCUGUUGUGGUGAGGAUCACGAUGCGCAGGUGA